CGCACGUAAUAGGUAUUUAAAAAAUAGUUUUAUUACCAAAUUAUUACUGUUUUUCUAUGAAACAUAGUAAAAAUAAGUGCAAAUUUAGUUUUAGCAAUUUGUGAUACAUUUUCUACUGAUUAAAAAUAAGUGAUGAAGUGACCCACUGAAAAGUGUGUCAAGGUGUGGGAAAAUUAUGAAUAACUAAUAAUUUUUCGUUGUGCAAAGGGGAACGUCUGAAAGUAUGUGUUAAGAAUUUCAUAACAAAGUUUGUAUCGAGCUUUCUCUUAAAAUGCAGACUACGCUGCGCAAAACAGACAGCAAACCGAAGCCCAAAGAUAAAACCUCCAAAGACGAUAUUACUCCAUUAUCAAAGAAACCUCAAGAAGAAAAACUGAAGAAAAGCGUCUAUAGCGUUUCUACGCCUCGGAAUUACAUACAAAAAUCUUCAACGGCCGACAUUUACGCUCAAAAGAAGAAAAACAGCGCGCAAUUAGUCAAAGCGCCUAAAAAAGCAGGUUCUACUACUACAAGCAAUGUGUCUCCAAUGAGAGACCAGUUAAAAUCUUCUUCUUCUUCUAUAAGUCAGAUUAGCGCGAAAAGAAGUAGUACUUCUCUAGUAAAAACUGACCAAAAAGUAUCCAGUGCAUCAAGGCAUGCAACGCCGAGAACUGCUAGAGAUUUACCAUUUGUUAACGUGACUGUAAACUCGCCGAUUGCUAAGAAAAAACUAAAUAACGAUGAUAGGAUAGCAACAGAAACAAAAGACAGAAGAAAUGUAGAAAAAACAAAAGAAAAAAGACACCUUGAAGAAAAAAAAGAAAGAAAAAAGGUAGAGGAUGCAGAAAAAAUAAAAAAUGAAGACACCAAAGAGGUUGCACGGCAAAGAACUAAGACACGGACGUUGAAUGAUAGUGAAGUAAAGGUGCUGACUCCUGAAUCGGUGGACAAUAAUGCAGAAAUGAUGAACCUUUCGAAGAAGCUCGCUGCAAAGCCGAAGGCGUUCUUUGUGGACUUGGAAGGGGAUAAACCUAAGGCAUAUCAAAUCGAGAAACCCAAAGAACCCAAAGAGAGCGAAGACGAAGUAGAUUACGAAGACGACUUCGAAAGUUAUGAAUCUGACUUCGAAUCGGACCACGAAUCGCCUUCGGACAACACAGAGCAUGAUACCGAAGAUCUUAGUACGGGGGAGGUGGAAAAUGAACCGAAUGCUGAUAGGAAUAAGGCUGUAUUGGUGGAAGGUGAUGAUGGAGAAUAUGAAAUGAAGAAUCGUGGGGAACAGAGCGAAGAAGACACGGGGAUUAAAGAAGGAAGGGACGAGGAAAAAAUGCUAGAUUCAGGUAACUUCGACCUCCGCGACGCCCGAUCGGCCAACAAAGGCAAACCCACGGUCAUGCAGGACAUCCUCGAAGAUUCGGAGCUGGACGUCCGAAGCUCCCUCACUGAUGAGGGCUUCCAGGAGAUGAGUUCGGGGUCCAGCAUCAAGACUGUUCACACUGAAGUGUUUGAGAGGCCACUUUUCAUAGACUUCACAAAAGCAAAAGAGAACAAACGAAAAAGGAAAAUAUUUGAAAGACUGAAACAGCGCGCUAAAGAUAUUCUCAGCAUGGUAACACUGCACGAAAUGUCAUACUCCCUCUUCGAAAUGAAACCGAUCCCCUACGAUUUGUACAUGGCAACAUUUGGACGGUCUAACUACGUGCAGACAGCAGUUCAAACGUUCGAAGAUGGUAUCACUGAAGAGGUGCAAACUGAAGAGAUUUUAAUAGAAGAAAAAUGGACGCAACAUCCUGUCGAAUUUUCAAAACACGAUAUUUAUUUGAAAACAAGUAAUAAAACUAGAAAAUACAGUCAUAGUACUGAAGAUUAUUUAUCUAAGUUUACAAUUUUGUUAAAUAAUCCAAUGGAUGUUGAUAUUAACAAUGCGAUUAAUUUGGAUGAAAAUUAUAAAGCGAAUCCGCUAAGAAUGUAUUUCGAACAAAAAGAUGGCGCCGGUUCCGCGGAAAUGUUUCCAUACGAAAGUUACAAAAACAAACUGAAAAACAAAGAAUUUAACAGUGGAAAAUUGAGUAAAUUUCUCAAGAAAGUGGAAAGUAGGAUAAGUAAUAUUUUAAGCCAAAAUACUGGUAAUUCAAACAGCACUGAGUUAGUUAAGACUACAAAAUAUCCGUUCAGCGAAGGUUACAUUUCUUUGUCUACAAAAAACAUUACCGAAGAGAAAAAUUCCUUUUUGAAGAUGAUGAAGAUUACGGACGUAAUAUUUUCGGACUCUAAAAGCAAUUUAUUACUGACUGUACAUAGCAAAUGUCCCAAUAUACUUGAGCAGAAAUGUGUUGUGUGUCUAUGGGAUAUAAGCAUACUGAAGAGCGAUCCAGUGAAAGUUCUCGUAGCUAUAGACAAUAUAAGUGUAGGCAGAUUUAAAGGGAACACGGAUGGUAUAUUUGUCGCUGCUUUGGAAGAUGGCUCAAUACACCUUUGGGAUCUAUCAGAGAGACCGAUGUGGUGUCCCGAUGUUGCCAACGCCAAAAAAUCUACCAAUUUGGUAGAAAUUGAGAGGAAAGAAAUGACACAGAUCGAGUUGGACAGGGAGUGGAAUCUCCAAAACAGUCAUGUCGGUUAUGAUUCAGUGAUUCCCCAAUGCGCUCUGCAAGCUUGUGCGUUUACUAGUAGCGCGGAUCACAUACAAAAAGGCGACUCGGCUGACAGCGUGGUAGGGCUGGAGAUUGACGGCAAGGGCGUCAGCCACGAUGGAAGGAGGAAGGUCUUGGGACAGGUCUGCUCACUUCAACGCAUAGGCAUCCUUACAAUUUGGUUCAUAAUCCAAGAGAAAAUUAGAACCUCCACAGACAUGGGCAAAGCGUUCUGGUCGAAAAUCAGACUAGAAAUGAACCAAAACGUCUUACUGAUGGACCACAUUGACAUGCCACGGCCAAAUUCUCCUGAAAAUACAUUCGUGCCAUCUUUUAACCUAAACGCGGCGAAACGGCGAACGUCAGUCAGGAGGAAAGAAAAAAAGCAGAUUUCCCGCCAAAAGUCAGCUGUCAAAAGUGACAGGCCGGCCAGUGCUGCCAGUGUAAAUAAUUUUCUACCACAAAGCAACUGGGAGACGGGGAUCGUGUGUAGCGACUUGAAAAUAAUGAGAGUGCAGGAGAGAGAUUAUUAUUUGGUGGCCAAAAAUAGAGGGGAGGUUUUGUGCUGCACGAAAACGGCUGGAGUCUUCAAGGUCAACAGGUUCAGUGUUGCUACUGACACGUCAUCAGUGACCUGCCUGGAUGUCUCGGCUCACUCUCUGCCGUACUUCCUAGCGGCCACUGACUCUGGAACUGUCAACCUGUGCUCCAUACUGGAGUCCAGGGUUCUACUUACGCUGGACUGUCGGAAUGGUCCCCCAUCAGCCGAAAGCGAGAAGUACCACACAGACCACAAGGGCCGGUUCCUGGGCAGCGCCUCCGUGAGGCCGGAGAACCCUUCGAUGAGCCUCAGGCCUUCAGCUGGAAUUGCCGUGAAGUCCGUGAGCUGGUCCCGUGUGAAUCCGUGCUGCAUGUUCGCUGCGCUGCGCUGCGGCGCGCUGCUGGCGUGGGAGCUCACGCGCAGCGACAUCCGAGCUGAAGUCGCGGUCGAUGGCGCUGCUGGUGCCAUGGCGGGAGGACACGGGGCUCUGGGUAUUAUGACCCGGUUAGAUAGCGACUCUAUCCCAGGACUCCAAGGGUCUUCUGGCCUAGUACAGCGACUGGUCCCGUGUGAACCCGUGCUGCAUGUUCGCUGCGCUGCGCUGCGGCGCGCUGCUGGACUCCAAGAAUCUUCUGGCCUAGUACAGCGGCUCUGGUCCCGUGUGAACCCGUGCUGCAUGUCCGCUGCGCUGCGCUGCGGCGCGCUGCUGGCGUGGGAGCUCACGCGCAGCGACAUCCGAGCUGAAGGCGCGGUCGAUGGCGCUGCUAGUGCUAUGGCGGGAGGAUACGGGGCUCUGGUGAGUCAAAUACCGACUCUGGUCCCUUGUGAACCCGGCUGCAUGUCCGCUGCGCUGCGCUGCGGCGCGCUGCUGGCGUGGGAGCUCACGCGCAGCGACAUCCGAGCUGAAGUCGCGGUCGAUGGCGCUGCUAGUGCUAUGGCGGGAGGACAUGGGGCUCUGUGUGUUCUCCCCACUCUGUCCCGGGGUAUUCUAACCCGGUUAGAUAGCGACUCUAUCCCAGGACUCCAAGAAUCUUCUGGCCUAGUACAGCGGCUCUGGUCCCGUGUGAACCCGUGCUGCAUGUGGGCUGCGCUGCGCUGCGGCGCGCUGCUGGCGUGGGAGCUCACGCGCAGCGACAUCCGGGCUGAAGUCGCGGUCGAUGGCGCUGCUGGUGCCAUGGCGGGAGGACACGGUGCUCUGGUGAGUCAAAUACUACUGGUGAAUCCGUGCUGCAUGUUCGCUGCGCUGCGCUGCGGCGCGCUGCUGGCGUGGGAGCUCACGCGCAGCGACAUCCGAGCUGAAGGCGCGGUCGAUGGCGCUGCUAGUGCCAUGGCGGGAGGACACGGGGCUCUGGUAGAAGAAAGUCACUUGAUUACAAAGAAAAGACGUCCACUGCUGGACCAAACCAAUCACCAAGUAUCUCCACGACGGAUGCUGGCGGUAGAUGACGCUGCUAGUGCCAUGGCGGGAGGACACGGGGCUCUGGGUAUUAUGACCCGGUUAGAUAGCGACUCUAUCCCAGGACUCCAAGGGUCUUCUGGCCUAGUACAGCGACUCUGGUCCCGUGUGAACCCGUGCUGCAUGUCCGCUGCGCUGCGCUGCGGCGCGCUGCUGGCGUGGGAGCUCACGCGCAGCGACAUCCGAGCUGAAGUCGCGGUCGAUGGCGCUGCUGGUGCCAUGGCGGGAGGACAUGGAGCCCUGGCACUAGUGACACCAAGCGGCGAAGUGCAGGUACUGAAGCUGCGCGGCGAGCAACAUUCGCGCGAACAUUCGCAGCUGUUCGGCUCGUACGCGGCGCUUUUGUAGGAACAAUAAAGUUUACUGAUAUUA